AUCAAGAAUUCACAAACCCAUCGUCCUCUUCUACUCUUCUUCAUCUCCGUCUUUCUCUGUGAAUUUUUUCUGUCCCUGAAAAUGGCUACGAGCGUUGUUCACGCGGGAAAGAAGAGAAAGGGGGCGGAGGAUGAAGAUCAUUUACUGGCCAAGAAAUCAGCAUCGUUGCCAGCGGUGGCCAAGGGGGAAGAUCCGAUGGCAGCAUUGGCGAUGGCGCGGCACGAGUUCGGCGAACACGGGGGCGUGAAUAUGUCGAUCGAAGCGUCAGCGACGUUCACGGUGAUGGAACCGGACACCAUGCGGCGGAUGUUCUCCGGUGAGCUGGGUCCGGACCGCGAUUUCUUCAUCUACAGCCGUCACUUCAACCCCACCGUGCUAAACCUCAGCCGCCAGAUGGCGGCGCUGGAGGGCACCGAGGCGGCGUACUGCACUUCCAGCGGGAUGUCGGCGAUCUCGGCGGCGCUGUUGCAGCUCUGCAGCAGCGGCGACCACAUCGUGGCGUCGCGGACUCUGUACGGCGGCACCCACGCCCUCCUCACCCACUUCUUCCCAAGAACCUGCAACAUUACGACGUCGUUUGUGGACAUCAAAGAUCUCGAUAUGGUGGACGGGGCCAUAAUCGAAGGAAGAACCAAGGUUUUGUACUUCGAGGCCAUUUCCAAUCCCGUUCUCUCCGUCGCUAACGUGCCUGAACUCUGCCGUGUGGCACACGAUAAGGGCCUAACAGUGGUCGUCGACAACACCUUCGCUCCGAUGGUUAUGUCGCCGGCGAAACUCGGCGCCGAUGUUGUCGUUCAUAGUAUUUCCAAAUUUAUCAGCGGCGGAGCCGACAUCAUCGCAGGUGCUGUGUGUGGGCCUGCAAAGCUGGUGAACUCCAUGAUGGACCUCCACCAAGGUGCCCUAAUGCUGUUGGGCCCAACUAUGAACCCCAAGGUGGCAUUCGAACUAUCAGAGAGAAUCCCCCACCUGGGCCUCCGCAUGAAAGAGCACUGCCGCAGGGCCCUGGAGUACGCCACGAGGAUGAAGAAACUGGGCCUCAAAGUCAUCUACCCAGGCCUGGAAGGCCACCCAGACCACACCGUCCUCAAAUCUAUUGGCAACCUCGACUACGGCUUUGGUGGGCUCCUCUGCUUGGACAUGGGCACGGAAGAGAAGGCGAACCGCUUGAUGAACCUCUUGCAGAACUCCACCCAGUUCGGGUUCAUGGCUGUGAGCUUGGGCUACUACGAGACCCUCAUGUCUUGCUCCGGGAGUAGCACCAGCAGUGAGAUGAACGCUGAGGAGAAGGCUCUGGCUGGGAUUGCACCUGGGUUGGUGAGAAUGUCAGUUGGGUAUAGCGGGACAUUGGAGCAGAGAUGGAGCCAGUUCGAGAAGGCACUGUCGAGAAUGCAGGGAUGAGAUGACAAGGCGUUACAUGUAAUGAAAUAAUGCGGUAGACCAGCUUGCAGAGUGAAGUUUGUUUAUGGGUAGUUCCGUAGUUGGGUGAAUCAGUAUGUGAUGCCUAUUAUGUGUCAUGUUUUCAGCUCAGUGAGCUUGUGUUGUACAUCUUCUCUGGAUUUGAAUAUUCAAAUUAUGGAGAUGGCGCUUUCAAAAAUGUUGUUAGAGAACGCCUUUAUGUGGUUUCAAGGACGGCAGUAAAGUCACUUUUCAAGGGCA